UAAAAUUUCAUUAUGAAUUAUUUAAAUGCUAAAAAUUAUGUAGUAUUGACACGAAUUCUUAAUGAAACAAUAAUAAUGACAUUUCAAAUGUACGCUGUAACCCAAGAAUAUUCUUGAAUCUAUCGCGACAAUGUUGUGCAAUGUGCAAAAUUCAAGAGUAGAAAAAAAUAAUAAAACUAUCAAAAAUUUAUAACCUGGAUGGAACCUCCGUGCAGGAUCUGCAGUCGUCUCACCCCGCCGCCCGUUUUCAAUCCGCGCGCUCUGGAAAGCCGUUAUAAAUCGUCUGUCACGAGGCGAAGAGAGUACGAUCCGAGGAGAUAUGAUGCGAAAGUCGGUACGGAUUUGAAAUCCGAACUUGAUUCACGUUUCUACAAUGUCGGUCGUAUAGCCAACAAAGUGCAGGAGUUAAAGAGAAAUCUCGUACAGGAUUACGAUGAAUCGAAAUAUUUUGACAGGGAGCAGAGGUUAAGGUCGGAUGCGAGAAUAACUGACUUCAAAAGCGCUCGCAAUGCGAUGCAGAACUGCGCACGAGAGCUGGAAAAGAUAAAGACGUUUUUAGAAGAUGAAAAUACCUGGUGGAAGAUUCUCAAAGAGCGUUCAGCUACUUGUUGUGAGCAAACAUUGCCGCACUUGCAUGGAAUUCUGGAUGGAUCGUCGGUUACUCUAAUACUAUUUGAAGAAGGAAUCGAUGAGAUACCACGUCGUUUUGCGACAACCGCGUCAAGUAAAAAAGAUAACAUCGCAGAUUUCUGCUUCCGCAAUUCUUCCAAAAGAAUUCCAAAUGAAGCGAAUUAUCGCACGGAUUGGGAGAAGCGUACGAAAGAAUAUACAGACUCUUACGCAGCACCGUACACUGUUAGUGCGAAAUCGACGGUGGUUGAAGUUACAAAUACUGAUACAUACGAUUCGAAUCAACAAAAUGUUGUUGAAACAACUACCAAAAGCAAUCAGAACAUUGUUGCUACUGAGCUUUGGUUAGAAACGCGGGACGGUAAGAGAAGCGAUCAGAAAGUCUCGGAAUGGUCGGGCACGUCCAAAGAGACGCGCGACAAGACACAAUCUGAAAACAAAGAUAUAAAGACCGACAGAUCAAAUAUUGUGCCACCGAGAGAAAUGUGGUACGGCGAAAAUACAGGAACAACAUUCGAAGACGCGGUGAGCCCGCGUGAAACAUUCAGCAGCGAAAACACCGCGAGCGCGAAAUAUAUUGAUUUUGAAUCAAACGUGGACAUGAGCUCGAAACUUCCAUCUAGAAAUGUAACAAAUCAUAAACUUAAGUCAAAAGAGACUAAUGAGAAAGGUGCUUGUCAUUCUCAAAAAUCACUUCCAACAAAAAUUCCAAGAAUUAGAAAAGAUUGAUGUUAUAUGUAUAUAAACAAUUUUUAUGAAAAAAAUAUUUUUAGAAUUAUUGGUUUAAUUAUUGUAAGAUAAUUAAGUACGCGCACAAAAAACAAUAACGAUGUAAUAAAUUACUUCUCACAUUUUUGUAACUCCUCGAGAUUUGCAACAAUCG